AUGUCGGCGCCAGCUGAAGGACCUAAAGUGCUCCUCACUGGAGUAUCAGGCUUCGUAGGAUCUCAUGUCCUCGACCAACUCCUAAAAUCCGACCGCAACUACCAUGUCACCUGUGUUAUUCGAUCCAAAGCCAAGACGGAGCCCUGGCUAUCUCGCCAAUUCGCAGAUGAAUUUGGAAAACGCAUUCAUGUUGUCCAAGUCUCUGACCUCCUCGCUCCCGGUUCUCUCGACCAACCCGUGCUGGGCAAAGACUACAUCGUCCACGUAGCAUCCCCUUACGUCCUCAAAGCAUCCAAUAACAAACGCGAUAUUAUCGACCCAGCCCUCAAGAUGACGCAAAACGUCCUUUCAGCAGCCUUAAAAUCUGAACAAGCUGACAAAACCGCCGGUCGCAAACCUCAACUCAAGCGUAUCGUCCUCACCUCCUCUUUCGCUGCUAUUCUCAACCCGCUUCGAGGUAUUGAGAAAAGAGACUACACGUAUACGGAUAAGGACUGGCAACCGAUUCAGUACUCCUUUAUGGGUUAUUUCUACUCUCCCCUCGCCUACCUCAUUUCUAAAACCCUAGCGGAAAAAUCAGUAUGGAACUUCCUCGACCAGCACAAUCCUAGCUUUGACGCUGCAACCGUCAACCCACCACAGAUCUACGGCCCCAUCAUUCACCAAGUCAAAUCCGAAGAGGCUAUCAACACCUCUUCCGCCGAACCCUGGAAACUUUACAAAGCUGGUGGACCCAAUGGAGAUGGUAAAAUUCCAGUGGAAAGCUUUUGGUCGUUCUGCGAUGUGCGAGACGUAGCUGAAAUCCACGUCAAAGCGUUGGACAACCCAAAGGCGUGCAAGACGAGGUACGUCGCUUGUGGUGGAAGUGUAAGCUGGCAGCAAGUGGCCGAUGAGAUACAUGAUAAUCCAGAGUAUCCACAGGAAUUGAAGCAUCACAUUCCGAAGGGUGAACACGGGAAACAACAUCGACCUAAUCCACUGGCAAAAUUGGAUACAAGUAAGGCAGAGAAGGAUCUAGGGAUCAAGUUCAAAGAUUGGAAAGAUUCGGUGAUUAAAGGUUCCCUCUAUAGUUUUGUCGAGAUUGAGAAGAGUUGGGGUCGAUAA